UAAAAAUUCUUGGAACAUUUUUUUCAAUCCUCCUUCCAAAUCCAAUCAUUCAUUAUUUCCUUCUUUACUGACUUUCUUUCAUCUCCGCUCUCACUCGAUGUCUCUCCUUUCUGUUUAUCCUUAGACUGUACAAAUUUCUCCAUCGUCCCCUUAUUCCCACGUGAGUCGCCCUUGUCACCAUAUUUUUCUACCUUUUUUUUCUAACCUCUUCUUUCUCCUCUUGACUAUUCUCGCUUUCUUUAUAUCUGGCCCCCUGUUUUUAUUUCCAAUUCUCGUUCCCAACCCUUCUAUAUAUAGUACAAAGAAAUUGUUCAUAUUUUAAAAUAAAUAUAGAAAUAGUAAGUUAUAAAAAUUUGUUUUAUAAAAUGGCUAUGUUUGAAGUAUUACGAAAAGAGUACAGUGAUUAUUUGCAACAGUGUUUUAAAGUGUCAGAUGUACAAACCUUUCAAAAGAAAUGUGCUGAACGAUGUACAAGUGAUAGUGAUAGAAAAGCUGCAAUUGAUCAGGCACUGAGAGAUACUCUUCUUGUAAUUUUAUCUGAAAAUGCAUUGAGUAAUGUGAAUCUAUUUGAGACUUACAUUACAUUCUGCAUUGAAUUAUGCAGAAAAGAUUUAGCAACUGCAAAUAUGCCUGUAAUGUUACUUGGUGAUAUAUUUGAUUCUAUGACACUUGAUAGAUGUGAACAAUUGUUUACUUUCAUUGAAAACAAUGUUGUGGUGUGGAAGGAAGAUUUAUUCUUUAGUGCUUGUAAGAAUAAUUUAUUAAGGAUGUGCAAUGACUUACUUAGAAGAUUGUCUAGGUCACAACAAACUGUAUUUUGUGGAAGAAUUCUAUUAUUUUUGGCCAAGUGUUUUCCUUUCUCUGAGAUAUCUGGUCUUAAUAUUGUUAGUGAAUUCAAUUUGGAAAAUCAUAUAGAAUUUGGCUCUGAAAAAUCAGAAGGAGAGGAUUUGGAGCAAAUAAUUAAGGAUGAUGAUAAAUCAGAAGCUAAAGUGCCAAUCGAUUAUAAUUUGUACAGAAAAUUUUGGGCGCUUCAAGAUUUCUUUAGAAAUCCCAAUCAGUUAUACCUGAAAGUGCACUGGAAGGUAUUUUCAACAUAUGCUUCAAGUGUGUUGUCAGUAUUUUCAUCUUUUAAAUUGGAAGAACAACAUAAUUAUUCCUCAACGAGUGUUAAAAUUGAUUCUUCCAUAAAAGGAUCUCGUAAAGAAACUCCCUACUUUGCAAAAUAUUUGACGAAUCAAAAAUUAUUGGAGUUACAAUUAUCUGACUCAAAUUUCAGAAAAUACGUAUUGCUGCAGUUCCUCAUUCUUUUCCAGUAUCUUAAUAGCACUGUUAAAUUUAAAGCCUUCCUUGCCAGUGGCUAUGAGACAAGUGAAACAUAUGAACUGAAACCUGAUCAAGUAGACUGGGUAAAAGCAACCAUGGAACAAGUAUAUGCCUUACUGACAGAAACACCUCCUAAUGGUUCAAUAUUUACUGAAACUGUUAGAAAUAUAUUGAAACGCGAAGAGCACUGGAAUGCUUGGAAAAAUGAAGGUUGUCCACCAUUCAAAAGACCAACUCCAGAUUCUAGUGUUGACAUAGAAGAAUUAAGGAAACCAAAGAAACCAAGGCGUAGAAUUGGAGAUGUUAUUAAAGAUGCUCAAACAGUAGGAAAAUAUCAUAUGGGAAAUCCGGAACUCGCGAAGUUGUGGAACUUGUGUCCUAAUAACCUUGAAGCAUGUAAAUCCAAGAACAGAGAUUUCCUUCCGUCUUUAGAAACAUACUUUGAAGAAGCUAUCAUGCAACUAGAUCCGAAUGCAAUGGUAGAAGAUGAAUAUAAAAAAGUAAAUGAUGGAAAUUUCGGCUGGCGAGCAUUAAGAUUAUUAGCUAGACGUAGUCCCCAUUUUUUUGUUCACGGAAAUUAUCCUAUUAAUAAACUUCCUGAAUAUCUCGAAACUAUGAUUAAAAAAAUUGCCAAGGAUCGUCCACAGACACAGUCGAAUAUAAAAUUAGAAACGGAAAAGAUUCCACCACCAGAAGUGAACGAUCAAGAAUUUAACAAAGAUGUUCUAAAACAAGAAAGUGAACAAGUUGAAGUCGAAAAUACGGAUACAAAAGGACGAAAAUUAACGAAAGUGACACCUGAAAUGGUGGCGAAAUUAUCGGAAAUUCUGAAAAACAAUUGGAAGAAAUUAGCAACCAAGUUCGGUUACACGAGUGAAGAGAUUACGUUUUUCCAAGGAAAACCAACACCAUACGAACAAUGUAAAAAUAUGCUAGAAAUUUGGGCGGAAGAAGAUGUAGACGCAUCCAUGGAAAAUUUAGUGUAUAUCUUAAAAGGUUUAAAAUUGACAAAAGCGUUAGCUGUUUUAAAAUCUUAUUUUAAUUGAAAGAAAUAUGAAAUGGAAUGUAAAUAAU